UUUAAAAAUCAAUAAUAAAUACAAUAUUGGUUUUUUAAUUUAAAAAAAUUGUAUCUCUUCGGCCUGGUUUGAAUUAUUCUGUGUGAAAUGCAUCGUAAUGAUCAUCACUGAAACGAAGAUAGAAAGAAAGCUUCAAACUUGUUCCAAUCUCUGAGCUGAUUCGCCAUGUUUGCCAAGCGUCUCUUACACAAAGUUGCUCACAAUUCUCAGCACAAUUUGAAAGAGGGUAGUUUGACCGAAACGGACUUGGACCUGCGGAUUUCAGUUCAUUAUGGCAUUCCUUCUACGUCUUCUCUUCUUGCUUUCGACCCCAUUCAGCGAAUUUUAGCCAUUGGAACACUGGAUGGAAGGAUAAAAGUGAUUGGUGGUGAUGGCAUUGAAGGACUUCUUAUAUCCCCAAAGCAAUUACCUUUCAAAAAUAUCGAGUUUCUGCAAAACCAGGGAUACUUAGUCAGUAUUUUAAAUGACAAUGAUAUUCAGGUUUGGAAUCUUGAGAAAAGGUGCUUAGUUUGCUGUUUACAGUGGGAAACCAAUAUAACUGCUUUUGCUGCAGUCCAUGGCUCCAACUUCAUGUAUGUUGGUGAUGAGUAUGGUUUGAUGUCUGUGAUUAAAUACAAUGUUGAAGAAGAAAAUGUUUUGCAGUUUCCGUAUCAUGUUUCUGCAAGUACUAUAAGUGAGGCCACUGAAUUCCCAUUUCCUAACGACCAACCAAUUGUUGGAGUUCUUCCCCAACCUCGUUCUUCAGGAAAUAGAGUACUGAUUGCAUAUCAGAAUGGGUUGGUUGUGCUUUGGGAUGUUAUUGAAUCUCGAGUUGUUUUUUCUGGAGGUGGUAAGGAUCUCCAGCUGAUGGAUGAAAUUAUAGAAGCCUCAGGUGAAACCAAUGUAAAUUCUCUAGAAGAUUCAUCGAAACAUCAGUUGGAAGAGAAAGAGAUAAGUGCUCUUUGUUGGGCAUCUUCUAGUGGGUCUGUUCUUGCUGCGGGGUACGUAGAUGGAGAUAUUUUGUUUUGGAACACAUCAUCCUUUGCAUCAAGUAAAGGUCAACAAGCUUUGUCGCCAUCUAAUAAUGUUGUUAAGUUACGAUUAUCAUCUGCUGAAAGGAGACUCCCUGUCAUUGUCUUACAAUGGUCUGCAAGUAAUAAAUCCCGUAAUGAUUGUGAUGGCCAGCUGUUUAUUUAUGGUGGUGAUGAAAUAGGAUCUGAGGAAGUUUUAACGGUUUUAACACUUGAAUGGUCAUCUGGAAUGGAGUCUUUAAGAUGUGUUGGUCGCACAGAUCUUACACUCAGUGGCUCUUUUGCAGACAUGGUUUUGGUACCUAGUGCUUGGUUAACUGGUAGUAACAAAAAUGCUGAUGUUUUUGUGUUGACAAGCCCUGGGGAGCUGCAUUUUUAUGAUGGUGUUAGCCUCUCUUCCUUGACAUCCCAGCAAGAGAAGAAACAAUCUAUUAGUGAAGUAGAAUUUCCUGCGGUGAUACCUGUGAGUGAUCCAACCAUCACUGUAGCAAAAUUUAUUAAGGCUCCUUCUGGGAAGAUCUCAUUAGACACUAUAUCAGAGAUAACCUCAAUUAUGAGAACUGGCUCAAUUUCAUCCCCAGCCAAUGGUGCAAAGUGGCCACUGACUGGGGGGGUGCCUAGUCAGUUGUCUACUGCUAAAGAUAAAAAGACAGAGAGAGUAUAUCUAGCUGGGUACUCAGAUGGCUCUGUUAGGAUAUGGGAUGCCACUCUGCCAGUCUUAUCUUUUGCUCUUCUUUUGGAAGGGCAGCAGGUGCAAAGUUUUAAAGUGGCUGGUUCAGGUGCUCCCAUUUCAGAUUUGGAUUUCUGCUUUCUGACUUUAAGUUUGGCCAUUGGCAAUGAAUGUGGACUGGUUCGUAUUUAUAAUCUUAAAGGAUGCUUAGAUGGAGCAAACUUCCACUUCAUCACAGAUUCUAAACAUGAAGUUCACAGUUUGUCACAUGGAAAAGAGGUUCAGUGUAGUGCUGUUUUUUCUCUUGCUACUUCCCCUGUUCAAACAUUAGAAUUUGUGCAUUCUGGAGCUAAACUUGCUGUUGGAUAUAAAUGUGGCCGUGUUGCAGUAAUUGACAUGAGUUCCUUAUCAGUUGUGUUCUUUCUAAGUGAUUCAUCAUCCUCUAUCUCCCCAGUCAUUUCAAUAAGUUGGACAGAAAUUGCAAAUUCUCAUAAUCAAUCAAAGAGCUCAAAGAACUCAGAAAACUCAGAAACAAACGAUUCUCUCAACUCUGCAAGGGAAGUAAUGUUCAUCUUAACAAAGGAUGCAAAUAUUAAUGUCAUUGAUGGCUGUAAUGGAAAUUCGAUCAGUCCGCGGCCAGGGAACUUGAAAAAGGAAUCAAUUGCAAUUUCAAUGUAUGUCAUAGAGGGUAUCAUUUCUACUUCUAGGGUAUGCAAUGAAAAGAUGCCAGAAGAGGGCUUAAAGGAUAAAGCUAUUCUGGAGGGGCCUGCUUCAGAUGGUUCUCCGGGUGGAUUAACUUCACAUGAAAUUGAACACAACCCUUUGUCCGAUUCAUCUAAGAAUUUGGGGGAAAAUUUAUUGGACUCAUUUGUUUUGCUUUGUUGUGAGGAUUCAUCACGCUUGUACUCCACAAAAUCUGUAAUUCAGGGAAACAAUCAAUCCAUUUACAAAGUGAAACAUGCAAAACCAUGCAUAUGGACUUCAAUUAUUAAGAAAGAUGACAUUGUUCAGGGAUUAGUGUUGCUAUUUCAGACUGGAGCAGUUGAAAUCAGGUCAAUACCAGAUUUAGAAUUGGUGAAAGAAAGCUCCUUGAUGUCUAUUCUGAGGUGGAAUUUUAAGGCAAAUAUGAAUAAGAUGAUGAGUUCUUCUGAUAACGGACUGAUAACACUGGCAAAUGGGUGUGAAGUGGCAUUCAUCUCUGUUUUAGCUAGUGAAAAUGAUUUUAGGAUCCCAGAGUCUUUGCCCUGUCUCCACGAUCAAGUUCUUGCAGCUGCUGCUGAUGCUGCCUUUAGUCACUCAAUAAAUCCAAAGAAAAAGCCGGGUACUGCCCCAGGGAUUUUAGGUGGUAUCGUCAAAGGUCUUAAGGUUGGAAAAGUGGACCAUAGUGUAGAUUCUACUAAAAGUCCUAAGUCCACUUUUAAUCAAUUAGAGGGAAUAUUUCUGAAGUCUCUGCAUGCAAGCUCUACUUCAUAUGUAGAUCAUCAAGAAGCUGUGGAGCUUGAUAUAGAUGAUAUUGAGAUAGAUGAAUCUCCACCUUUAGCAUCUAGUUCAACUGAUGAUCAUAAAAAUGUAAAGAAAGAAAAAGGUUCUGAAAGGGAUCGCUUAUUUGGAGGCGGGACUGAGGAUUUUGUGCCUAGAGUUAGAACUCGUGAUGAAAUUAUGGCUAAAUAUGGAAAGGCUAAGGAUGCUUCCUCUGCUGCUGCAAAUGCAAGAGAGAAGCUGGUAGAGCGGAAGGAAAAGCUUGAGAGACUCGGCAAACGGACUGAAGAGCUGCAAAGUGGAGCUGAAGAUUUUGCAUCAAUGGCAAAUGAGCUUGCCAAGAGAAUGGAAAAUCGAAAAUGGUGGCAGAUAUGAGUAAUUUGGCCUCCGCCUUCAUAUUUUGCUUUUGAUUAUCACACUUCAGUUCUCUCUGAUGAGGCCCUCAGAGGAUAAUUUAAAUUGAAAUCAGUGGUCAGUCUUUUUAAUUAAGAAUUGACCAAGACUGAAGAUUGUGGUACUCUAAACAAUGUAUAGGAAUCAGGAAUGGAAUGGUGUUGCCUUAAAUACCCUGUAUCCUGUGGGGCUUGCUUUUUCUUGUUUUCUUUUUUUUUUUCUCCUGCCAAAUUAUCAAUGUUGUACAUGAUGUGAAUAAAUAUUAUUCCUCACCCUUAAUUUUUUUUUAAAAUGUUUUUAUUUUUUGGCUAA